AUGUACGUCAGAGCAACAAAACCAGGUGGAGACGCCGACGUCAAUAUCUCUGGACCAAAAGGUCUAGGUGGACUAGGAGGUCUAGGUGGCACCUCCUCCGGUGGUGACGGCGGCAAAAUCUCUGGUUCUGGUACUGGCGAACCAGGCCACGGUGGCUCUAUUUCUGGAGGCUUACGGGGUGGUAGCGGUACAUCGAUUCCCGGAGGAGACGGCAACGGAGGCUUCGGAAACUCUGGUCCUGGUGGCCUGGGAGGAAAUUCCGGUUCCGGAGUUAUCGAUGGAAGCUCCGACGGAGUGCUCGGGUCAAUCUCCGGAGGAGGCGAAAAUUGUGGAAUUUCGAGGGGAAAAGAAGGCGGUGGAACGGGGCGGAUUUCGGGAAACUCCGGCGAGUCACCCGAAAGCAGAGAAAGCGAGAGAGACGCGGGGUACUCAUUGAAGGGGAGGAAUUGGGAAUGA